AUGCCGAUCAAACGGCUAACAAUAACGAAAGCCAAGUUAAUGGGAGCACUAAUUGGAGCUCGAGCUUUUACCUUUGUUCGGCAAGAGCUCGCAAUUCCACUCUCACACUGUUUUGCCUGGUCAGAUUCCAAGUGCGUCUUAUCUUGGCCCGCAACUAAAAAAUUAGACGCUUUACCAAAGUUCGUAAAGAACAGAGUUUUGGAAAUUCAGGAACAUAAAUAUCGCUUCCGUUAUGUUCCUUCCAAGAGCAGUCCAGCAGAUAUCACGAGGGCUCACUCUAGCAGCCCUAACGCAAUCUCAAAUUUGGUGGCAUGGUCCGGAGUGGAUGGGGAAGAAUGGAUCACAAUAGCCGUCACACCUUGGUACUCUGUCGACCUUAAUUGCAAGUGGCGCGGGUUUAACCACCGUGUACACUCAUGGUUGCAUCAUUGA